AGAAAGAAACUCCCAACACUGGAGCCGUUCCAGGAUCUGUGACCAGUGUAAAUGACGCUGGGAUGAAAGACCUGGAUGAAUCUGUUGAUGACUGUCGCAACCAGCUAGCGCUAUCUACUUCUGGCGAUCCCUUUUGGCGCGAGUCACUAAUAAGUCUUGCAGGCGCUCUUCGUGAUCGUUUCAAGAAAAUCGGUCGGAUGGAGGACUCUUGGGAGGCCAUCCGACUCCUCCGCGAGGCACUAGUUCUCAUCCCUGAAGGAAGUCCUGAUCGUAUCGAAAUAUUCGAAAACAUUGCACUGUGUUUUACUGCACGGUUCGAAAGAGCGAACGAAUUGAAGGAUGUUCAGCAGGCUGUCGCACACUACCGCGCGGCUUUGUCACUUUGUCCCGAAAAUGAUCCUGACCGUGGCCAAUUAUUAGCGAGUGCAGGAUACGUUUCCAGAGAGCUCGCAUUAAAGACUGGACGGAAUCGGGACAUCGAGGAAGCAAUCUCGUUCAACCGCGCCUGUCUUGCUCUGCGUCCACAAGGUCAUCCCAAUCGAGACAUUCCCAUGAAUAAUCUCUCGAAUAGCCUGUCUCAGCGUUUCCAGAAUAGCAAACGAGAUGGAGAUAUCGAGGAGUCCAUCGCACUCGACCGCGAAUGUCUAUCUCUCCGACCAGACGGCCACUACAGCCGAAAUUUGUCGCUUAACAACCUCGGUUAUCACUUGUAUCUCCGAUAUGACUGCUAUGGCGAGACGAGAGACGUCGAGGAAGCUAUGGAACUGUUGCGUGCUGCACUAGUUCUUCGUCCUGAAGGGCAUCCAGGUCGUCCCAUGACGUUGUGGAACCUUGUCCACUGCUUUGACGCUCGAUUCAAACGUCUUGGAGAUCCAAAGGAUGCUGAAGCGGCAGCAGCAUUCCGCCAGGCUGUAAAAGGUUCAGACAAAAGCAAAGCGAAGUAAAGUAAUGACGGAUACUAAUACCAACGACUGAUGGGACUCUGCCUCUGUUCAUAUAUAUAUCUGACGAUAGACAUUCCCCCAUCUGAU